UAAAAGUAGAAAAGGAUUCAAAUAGUUCACAACUACACAACGUGUCAAUACUAGUAUCAUUCAGUUAACCAGCUGUUGCAUUAGUAAAUAUUCAAAGGUGAUAAUCUUUGGAUAUGGAUAGAAAAUAUGUAUCAGUAAAAAUACUGCAAUUAUUGUGUGUGGUCUUAUCUAUACAGACGAUAUUCACAAAUGAGGAGGAAAUAGAGAGACUACAGAAAGAAAUUGGUAAGCUCUCCCGACAGGUUAUGCUACAACAAUUAUUUAUAGAAGAAAAAAUUCGAAGUGACGGCGAUUCAGGUUUGAAACAGACGAGAAUAAUAAACGAUGGAACUAAACCAUACCACUUUCCGACAACGAGAUCAAAAAGAGGAGUAGCAGCCAUUCAUGAUCACUCCCAUAUGAAACGUACAAUUGGUGUCGGGGAAUUUGUUGCUGUUUUAAAUGGAGUUGAAUUCAGAACACGGCAUAAUGAUCCUGAAUUACGCAUGCCAAGUACUUCAUCGAACAAUUUCUUAGAAACUGAAGAAAUACCUUUCCCUGAUGUUCCAACUGAAGUAACACAGAAACCCACUGAGGCUGAACAAGUGAAAGAAAUGCGUGAGUGGUUUAGGGCUUUUAAUGAUCAAAAUUACACAGAAAGGGACUAUCGCAAAUAUUUCAAACCUGUUCUGUGUUAUCUUGAGGGAAUGUGGGUAUAUGAUAACUAUACUCAUAUAUUGGAACCUUUUUUAAGUGACAGACAUCAGUUUGAUGCAAGUACUUUUCAUGAUCUUGAAGAGAAAAUAAUGUUUACAUCUUACGGAGGACGGAAAGACGGUCUUGAAAAUUUUGGAUGGCUUCCAAAAACAAUAAUUAAUAUUGAAAAUGGGAAAAUUUCAAUAUACGGCCAAUGGAUAUAUAGAAUUGUUUGUCAUCCAUUGAAGCGUGAUCUUCCAUUAAAUCGUUUACGCAUGAUCGAUGAUUUAAGCUCAAGAAUGAUGUUCCUACGUUCCGAAGAAGAAGAGAUGAAGACUAGACGUGCCCGUUUUAAACUCAAUCAACGUGACAAUAACGUAUGGAAUGAAAGAUUUGAUCAAAAUCCAGCUUUAAUUGACAGCUUAAUGGGCGAAAUACCAGGUUUAGACAAUUAUGGGGGGAACUUGACAGACGAAGCAUUAAAUCUUCUAACAUUUAGUGCUGAUGAUAAAAAGAAAAGGAUAUUAAACAGUGCAUAUUAUCAUCGAUUCUGGGAAGAAAUUCGACCUGAUUACAUGCGUUUAUCAUUAAGAAAACGAACAUUUUCUGACAGCAAUCUCUUUAUGGCGAUGACAUCUCAGGACCAAGUAGCAGGAAAAAGUUUAAAUUACUGCACAAAAGAAGAAUCAUUACAGAACAAACCUUGUAAACCUUACAACCAGCGAUGGUCAUACGCUGUUCCAUUUGAAAUCAUUUACCUUAACCCACUCAGCAAUUGGAAUCCUUAUAAUAUUACCUACAAAGGUCAUUAUAAGAAUGACCCGGAAGCACAAUACGUUACAGAAAAUGGGAAACGAAAUGGCGGGAAUGAUAUUCAUACAGCGUAUAAUGGUACUAAUAGUUGGUAUUUUUUCCAAACCCCACAAAGUUUUUAUAGUGGAAAAGAAAAGAAAAAAGGAAAGGCGGGAAACGGAGGCAUUGGUGUGCUAGAUCGAAACGGUCAAGUCAGAUAUACCAGGUCAGCUGGCAUCCGGGUGUUUCUUCCGGAAAUUAAAGGUAUAGGGAUCAUUCGUCAGAGAUAUCCCAUCAUGCCACUGUACAGCGAAGGAAACACAGCGUAUAAAGAAAUGGAAUCUCUUAAAGACAUAGUUUUGGAAAAUAACAAAUAUCUGAAAAUGUUCCACAAUGUACCUGCAGAUGAGAAUAUUGAAAAGUUGAGAAAGACACAGAUCAAAUUAUCAGUGAAAAGUGGAAUAACGCUCGUAAUGUCAAUGGCAACUAAGUCCGAUCCGGGUCCGCAUAUUCAUUAUAUUGAUUUAUCAGCAGAAAACGUCAAAGCUUUAAAAUCGAAUAAAAAGUUAAACGUUAGAAGCAGUGAGGAUAGUGGUCAUUUCCAUCGUGUGAAAAUUAUCUACCGGCCACAUCUUAACAAUCCAUUCGUCAUGAAACGGUGUGACAACAAAAGAAAAUGUUGGGAUGGACAUAAAAAGCUUUUACUAGAAAACGAAGCACAAAUGCAGGAAGGGAAAGAAGCGGGAAAAGAUAAUUAUGAAGACGAGAGACCAGAGAGUUAUAAUGAAUAAAUUUUACUUUAUUGUUUUUCUGUAUCUGAAAACUUCAAAAUCGCUCUACCGAGAAUUUAAUUAGGAUGGGAAAUAUAUUUAUGUUGCAAUUCAUGAUAUCAGCGUAAUACGAGAAUGAAUCAUCGUAUAUAGCGGCGCUUGUAGUUGUUACGUUAAUUUUUGUAAACGUGCAUGGAUCAGUGCAUCUAAAAAAAGCUGUCGGCGAAUUAGAAAACCGGAAGACAAUAAUUCAAUCACAAUACAUUUCUGAAAAUUGUGAUCAAAUAAAAGUUUUCUUAUAUAACAAA